AUGGGCUUACUUACAGUCCUGGUGUUUAUGGUAAUAGCAUUCCAGACACAGUGCACUGAAGCAGUUAGCAAGGAUGGAACCGUUCUACUUUCUCUUCUCAACAAGUUCACUGCACCUCCCAACUUUUUCAGUAGCUGGAACUCCUCGGACAAGUACCCCUGCCACUGGAAAGGAGUCACCUGCCAUCCUCAUCACACGGUGAGUGCACUUGAUCUUUCUCAAACCAAUCUCUCUGGAACACUGUCUUCUGCUAUCUGUGCGUUACACAAUUUGAAAGAACUCUACAUGGGCUCUAACAAUCUCUCUGGCACUAUUCCUCCUGAGCUAGGAAAUUGUACGCAGUUAGAAUUUUUAGAUCUCUCAAGCAAUAAUCUCCACGGGCAAAUCCCUGUCCAACUGGGUAGCAUAAAAAAUCUAAGAUUUCUGUCGCUUUAUGAUAAUUUCCUCAACGGAAGCAUUCCGCUCUCCAUUUUUGGGCUUCGCCAGCUGGAGGUGAUUUAUUUGGUUAUCAAUAAUUUGACUGGAGAUAUCCCGUCAAAUGUUGGGAAUCUCACCUACCUCUCCAAAUUAUGGUUGGGAGAAAAUUCCUUAGUUGGAGAGAUACCCUCCUCCAUUGCCAAUUGUGAGCAUCUAACAGAGAUUUUUUUUCACAGGAAUCAGCUAGUUGGGGAGUUGCCACAAUCUCUAGGCCGGCUUUCAAAAUUACAAAAACUGUAUGUUACUUCCAAUAAUCUUGGAGGCCAGAUCCCCAAAUCACUUGGUAACUGUACAAAUCUCAUUGAAGUUGAACUGUCCAACAACUCUUUCAGUGGAGAAAUUCCUCCCGAGUUGGGUCGACUGGGGAGUUUAGAAAUUUUGUCUCUUUCCAGAAACGGUCUCACCGGAAUCAUUCCUCUAGAGAUUGUUCAAUGUGCGGGAGUGGUUCUGAUUUCUCCUCAAGAGGGAAAGUUUCCUAAAGCUUAUAAACUCACAUUUGAUACUACCAACAAUACUACAGAAUAUGAGGCUCUUCUCUUAGGUCUGGAUUUUGCAAAGGAGAAAGGGAUCAAAAAGUUGCAAGUCAUGGGAGAUGUUGAGUCGAUUUUGAAUCAAGUAAAGAAUAAAUACUUGAGCAAGAAAAAGAGGCUAAGAUCAUAUCGAAAUAAAGUAUGGGAUGAGAUUGAAGGUUUUGAUGCUUUUUCCAUACAAGCCAUUCCAAGAGAACAAAAUACAAAGGCAGAUUCUCUUGCCGUUUUAGCUUCUUUAUUACUUCCUUAUCCCGAGUUCGAUAAGGAUGUUUAUGAGCUAUAG